GGGUGACGUCAAGGAAGGCGGCGGGACGGGGGACGUGUUGGGCAUGCGCAAUAGAUCGACUUCUCCGACCCUGGCCCCGCCGGCAUGAAAGGACCUGCCCACGCGGUGGGAUUUCCAGUUGUGUGGCAGUUGUGUGGCAGAGGGCGGGCGCCUAGCGGCUUUCUUGGCAGCGGGCAGGAAAGUGGCAGGAGUUGCUGAGCCUGAACGUGCAGCGGAAGUAGAAGAACGUAUGCCCUUCUUCAAGUGUCUGGAGCUCAGAGAUGCAGCCCAGGGGAGGGAAAUGUGACUAGUUGAGGAGGCCAUGCUUACUGUUGCUGCCAGAUCCCAUGUCAGCACCAAGUCCUCAGCUGCUGGUGGCAGCGGCUCAGCAGACCCUGGGCAUAGGAAAGAGACGAGCUGUCUGCCUUCAUCUAGCCGGAGAGGUGCUGGCUGUGGCCAGGGGACUGAAGCCAGCUCUGCUCUAUGAUUGCAACUGUGCAGGGGCAGCAGAGCUCCAGAGCUAUCUGGAGGAGCUGCAGGGCCUGGGCUUCCCGACCCAGGGACUUCACAUCCUUGAGAUUGGAGAAAACAGCCUGAUUGUCCUUCCUGAGCAUGUGUGUCGGCACUUGGAGCAGGUGCUGCUUGGUACCACAGUCUUUGUGGAUGUUUCCAGCUCUCAGCUUCACCCUUCCAUCUGCUCCCUGGACCAGCUUCAGGACUUAAAGGCCCUCGUGGCUGAGAUCAUCACACAUUUGCAGGGGCCACGGAGGAACCGAUCCCUGGCAGUCUCCUGCAGCAGGCUCCGUUCCUCAGACUGGAAUCUCUGUACUGUGUUUGGGAUCCUCCUGGGCUAUCCUGUCCCCUAUACUUUUCACAUGAACCAGGGAGAUGACAACUGCUUAGCCCAGACUCCACUACGGGUGUUCACUGCCCGGAUCUCAUGGCUACGUGGUCAACCACCAGUCUUGCUCUAUUCCUUUAGUGUCCCAGAGAGCUUGUUCCCAUCCUUGAGGAACAUUCUAAACACUUGGGAGAAGGACCUUAGAACUCGAUGUAGGACUCAGAAUGACUUCGCUGACCUCAGCGUCUCCUCUGAGAUAGUCACACUGCCGGCUGUGGCCCUCUGACUUUAACUCUUUUCCUGUGUAGAAGGAGCUCGGUAAAUGAUCAGCUCUAGGUCAGAGAUGGCAAAUAGGAAUCAUCUCAAGUGCCAGUUCCAAGCAUCUCGACACUAGGGAAGAAUGCUGUAAUAAAUUGGCCAUUUUUAUGCUGAACUGGACUAGGGAGAGUAGACCAGGAUGCUUUAGGAAUAAACAGAGUUCUUUGGAACAGAGGCCAUCAGGUGAAGUUUAUUUAUUUUAUUUUUUAUUUUUUUUGCAGUACGCGGGCCUCUCACCAUUGUGGCCUCGCCCAUUGCGGAGCACAGGCUCCGGACGCACAGGCUCAGCGGCCACGGCUCACGGGCCCAUCCGCUCUGCGGCAUGUGGGAUCUUCCCGGACCGGGGCACGAACCCGCGUCCCCUGCAUCGGUAGGAGGACUCUCAACCACUGCGCCACCAGGGAAGCCCCCCAGUUUAUUUGGUUUUUUUUACAGCAGGUUAAAAAAAAACUAGGGUCAGAAAUCUCAGUUGAGUUGGAAAAACCCACACAUUAAAGUACCCAGACCUGAGUUUUUUACUGCAUUUCUUGCCUCUGAUUUUCACCCAAGGCAGCUGUCACCAGUUCUCCAGAACUUCAGGAGGUCCUUAUUGGCCAGGAACACUGCCACUGCUAUAGCCAUCAGUGCCAUCAGCAUCAGGAACUUCGGCCACAUUGCCUUUGUGAGCGGGGGGGGGAGAGAAGAGAAAGAGGCCAUGGGUUGGUCAGAGAAGAUGCAGGCAAAAAGAAUCUUCCUUCUUCCCAUUCUAGCCCAGUGGAAAACCUUGGGUUGGUGGCAGACAAAAAGCUUUUUAUAUCUGUCUCUCUCACUUUGCCACCUCCCUCGGGAUAAAACCACUUUCCAACGGUCGCUGGCCCAGCGAACCACAGCCAGCGGGGGCCAGGUACUUAAAUACUGAUAUGAAUAAUCAAAAGUGGAAAAUAACUCAGCAAAAUUGUCCUCUGUUUAUAUUCCUUUUCGCGUCACGCUGUCCUUGCCACUAUGCCCAUAAUAGACUAAAAGAACACCGUUUCAGUAAGUUUUUCCCUUCAGGCUCAGGCGUUCCAUGAAAAUUAGGCUUGGAGGCAUGAGCCAGUGUUUCUUUACAUGGUUGCUAUACUCUCAGCACAGUAUAAACCAAGCUGAACGGGGCCGGCUGGUCAGAUGUUGGCAGGGGCUGAACAAUUUUAUGGGCAAGAUUUGGCUAAAGGAGGAAUCGUCCCACGGUCACCUAGGGCUGUCUGGGAGGAUAGACCCUCUAACUCUGGAAGGCAGCUGCUGGCUCUGGUUCAGCUCUUCUCGACAAUGCUGCAGCUUACGCAGGCAGGAGAGAUACUCAUCACUGAGGUUGUCUAAUUCUGAAUGCAGUUCUCUGCACUGUGUUGGGGGGAUGGAGGGGGGGGGCGGGAGAACACCACCAAGGUCAUCAAGACACUUCCGUCAGGGACAGAGCCCAGGUAGGGGAGAGGGCCCUGUGUAAGUGACCCUGUCAUUCAUUUGGAAUUUUUACCUCCAUCCUCCCCAGCUUUUCUCAGAGCUUUCAGUUUGCCUUCUGACUGUCUCACCUACUUUGUUUGUAAUGUGUUCAUUUAAAUGAUUGAUCAUAAUGCAUAUUAUUAUAUAUUAUACAUGUGUGACAGUUGUAUGUGCCAGUGCUUUGUAAAUGGAGACACACAAAAAUGAAGUUCCUAUAGCACACACAACCUGGAAGUGAUCUUAGUGCAAGUCUCUUUGCUGGGGACUAGUUGCAUGUGAACACUUCUGGAGCUACGUAUUUCUGUGAGUAUACAGAUAGGAAGAGUUUUGUUAUUUAAAAGACACUGUAUAAAGUUUUAAGAUACUCAAUGUAGGACAAAGUUUGAGGAGUUAAUGUGUUUGUUAAAUGUGUUUGAGUUUAGCUUGACUUUCUGAAAAGUAACUCUUUAGUAAAACCUUGAAUAAGGGCUGGUAUAAAUAAGAGAAAAGAUUGACAAGUUAACCCGAAAGCAAAGAUGUUUUAUUCAGGCCUAAAUGAAUACCUGCAGGCAUCCAAUCACAACUUAAGCUCUGAAAUGCCUGUUGUCUGGCUGCCUCCCAGCAGUUUCCCUAUCACUGUAGGAUGAGCCCCUUACUAUCUGAGGUCACCAUCUCACCUCCUUUUCCUUGGCCAGGGGCUGCAAAGUUUUCUUUUGGAGCUGGUCUCUGAAAUUCCAGUCCUUCUUCCCUGGACCCUCAGGCUCCACUUCGUUAUGGGAGGGCUUUGGACUCCACCCAGGCAAAGCUUGAUCUGAAAAAUCAGCCAGAUUCACAGUGAUAGUGAGGCCCAUACCUCUGAGGAAUGGCCCCUACACACUGAGAGAACCCCUAGGCGGGAGGGAAUAAGGAAGGGCCUGUCCCUGGCCAGACUGUGUGGAUUGCAAUUCUCUGACCUUUAAAGAACAUCCACUGGGACCCUGCCCAGACUGGACAGAGAGCGGGAAUUUGAGCCCCUUGAGGGCAAGGUUGGCAUUUUACUUUUCUCUGUAUCUCUAGUCCCGUCUAACGCCAGAUUCUUUUAGAAAAUACUUAUUAAUUUAGUUUCUUUGGUGGCAUGUUACAUCUUUUAGGCUGGGAGGUUUGCUGGAUGCUUCAGUAUAACUCCAUUUUCCUUCUGUCCUUGUUCAAAAUGGUGAGAUGAGAAUGCCACCUGACAGUCUACAUCUUGGUGAAGAGAGCCCUGGACUGGGAGUCAGAAAUUCUGGAUUGUUGUCGUAGCUGUGUCCUUAGUUUGUAUGACCACAGACCUUCAAUUACCUUCAUUUUCUUAUCCAUCCUAUGUGGGCAUAAUAAUUCUUUCUUUAUAUUUUACCCAGUGAUUGUGAUGACAAAACAGAGGGCCAUGUGCAGUGGAUAAAUGAGGAGCUUUUGCCCCUCCAGAUGUAUGAUGAAUUCUCGGGAAGCUCGGGCAGCAGACUUGAGGGCUCAGAGUGAGGUUGACUGUUGCAUGUGACGUGGUUUCUACUUGGGGAGCUGGAUGUGGUUUGGAAAGUUAAGGGUAAAAAUUAACAUAAAACCCUGAGUUCAAAAUCAAUUUAUUGAAAUAUUCAAUACAGACAUAUGUUUUCAGAGGGAGUAGAAAUCCUUUUCACAGUUUAUAUACCUCUCAGGAGAGGAGGCUAACUAAAGUAUUCUCAGAGCCAGUGACGAGUCCUUAAAAUGGUUGGUCCUCUAGCUCCCUGACCUAACAGACUUCCAGAACUGGGUGGGACUCCAAGAGGUCAUGUAGUCCAUCCCUCUGUCUCUAGGCGGACAAGGAAAGGGCAGUAUCUUAGAAUUUGUGGAAAUAAAUUUGCUGACCUUUCUUUGUUAAGAGUUUCUCCUGUUCUUGAAGCUGUAAGGAUUGAUUCUGAAGCAGACCUGUUGGAAAACACAAGGAACUUUUCUGUGCUAGCAUAUUUACUGCGAAGAGUAUCCUUUCAGAACUUUGCUUAGAACCUUAAUGAUUGUGUUCCCAUCUGUAGUUGGUUGAAUUGUGUCUCCCCCCGCUGCCCCCCACAAAUUCAUAUGUCAAAGCCCUAACUCCCAGUACUUCAGAAUGUGACCCUAUUUGGAGACAGGUUCUUUGCAGAGGUAAUCAAGUUAAAGUAGGACAUUAGAAUGGGCCCUAACCUAAUAUGACUGACGUCCUUAUAAGAAGGGGAAAUUUGGACACAGAUGUGGAUGGAUGGAAGACGUGUGAAGAGAUGGACAAGACAGCCAUCUCCAAAACAAGGAAAGCGGUCUAGAACAGAUCCUUCCCCCAGAGCCCUCAGAAGGAACCAACCCUGCCUGAUGCCUUGAUUUUGGACUUCCAGCCUCUAGCACUAUGAGAAUGUAAAUGUCUGUUCUUUAAGUCACCCAGUUUGUGGUGCUGUGUUAUGAACACACCCUCCUUAUGUCUUUUCCUACAAUGUACAUUUAAGUCUCUGCUUAAAUGGUACCCUAGAAGAAAGACUUCCCCAGAUGACCCUGUGUAAAAUAGCAACUAUUUUCUCUUUAACCUGCUUUAUUUUUUUCUCUGUAGCCGUUGUUAAUACCUGACACAUAUUUGUUCCUAGAAACUCCGUAGUCCACUGCAGUGUUUCCUUAGAAUGUAAGCUUUGUUAGGGAAGAAACCAUGCCAGCUCUGUUCAUUACUGUAUCCCCAGUGUGUGUCUAGGGUGCCUGGCACUUGGUAGGGGCUCAAUAAAUAUGUAUUGAAGAAAUAAAGGCAUGAUUUUGAAGUGACUUGCCCAUUCAGCUCCCACUGUGUAGGAGCCCGGCUUCUGCUGGUGUUCUUUUUCCCUUACCCCUGUGGCUGUCUUGCUGUUUUCAUAUUCAUUACUGUUUGCAUGAAACUUCCCUGUCAGGGUGUCAGAGGUUAAGGUGUUGGGCAACCAGCAGAGCUAUUAAUUGAAUCAGGUUCUCCGGCUUUUCAGAAAUUGCCUGCUUUUCUUCUGAGACGUCCCUUUUCUUCUUUGGCCUCAACGUGUAAUUUUGAAGUGGACUGAGGCAUAGGUAGUGUGAGCUUAUUUUCUGAACCA